UCUUUUCCUAUAUCAAGAAAGAGAUUCAUCCACGCUCGCCCAUCCAGCCACGCUGUUCUUCCUCUCACGGUUUGGGAGAGAGACAAACGCCGCCUCACUCGAACCAUGUCUCGCAUCACCCCCGAACAAGAAGCAUACAUGUACGCGCACCUCGAUGAAGACCGCAGACCCUACGCCAUCGGCAUGCAUUGCGGAUUUCUGCUCCUGGGCAUCGUGUCUGUUUGGCUAAGGUUUAUGUCGCGCAUGAAGAUUGGUGCGAAGUUGGGGGCAGACGAUUGGUUGAUAUUGGUUGCGCUGGUUUCACUCGCCGGCCAUGCGAUAUGCUGUAUUGUCGUCACUCAAUUUGGGAUAGGGAGACAUAUGCCGUUGAUAUCCAAUCGAAUGGGUAUUGCAAAGACCAACCAUGUCGGAUCGACAGCAUACAGUUGUACGCUUCUGUUCACGAAGCUCUCAAUCCUAGCUCUAUAUCACCGCAUCUUCAGUCUUGCGAAAGGUUGGAUCCCAACUCUCUGGGGUAUCGGCGCUUUUAUAUUGGCACUGGGUAUCGUACAACCGCUGGUAUACAUAUUCCAAUGUAUUCCCAUCACAGCGGUCUGGGCGGAACAUCCACCUCCCGACAUGAAAUGCAUUGAUUUCGGAACCGCCAUCAUCGCAUUGGGCGUGCUACAUAUCAUUACCGACUGGCUGCUUCUCUUUCUACCGAUUCCAGUCGUCAUGGGUCUCCAUUUGAACAAUCGCGCUAAAGCGAGUAUCUGCUCGCUUUUCGCCGUCGGCGGCGCGACUUGCAUUAUUUCGAUCAUCCGACUCCAACAGGCUCAUUCUCUCGAUCUAGUUGACCCAACAUGGAACUACACCCCCAUCCAAGCAAUCUCCACAGUCGAGGGCGCAAUCGGAAUUCUAGCAGCAUGCAUGCCGACCUGGCGCCCCCUAUUCAAAUUCCUAAGUCGCGGCGUAACAUCCUACUUCUCAUCCGGCUCGCGCCACGCAACCUCAAACACAGCUUCCAACCCCAAACUCCCCCACUCCUCCAUCUCCUCCACAACGCAGACACCGACCCCGAAAAUCCCCGUCCAUCAUAUCGCUCAACAACAUCUUUCCCCCGACGACGCAGCGGCCGUUGCGAACGCGCGUGCGCAUAAACAUCCGUGGAUCUCCCGGUCGAGGCGGAGCGAUAGUAAUACGAGUGGGGAUAGCGUGGAGAGGAUGCUGCAUGGACGCAUACAAGUUUCGAGCGACGAUGUGGAGAUGGGGGAUUUGGGUGCGCGGAGAGAUAGCGAGAUGGAGGAUGCGCGGCCCGUUACGGCGCGGAAAGUGGAGGUUAGUUCGGGGGGGAUUGUGAGACCGCUGAGUGUCUAUUCGGCGGGUGGAAGACGGUGA